UGGAGCAUAAGCGAUAACUUCUUAUAUCUACACAUCCAAAAAUGCUUUUUAUUAAUCUGCUCUUUUGUUGGAUUUCUGUAUCCAUGUCAGCGACACACUCGCUUUUGACGGAUCUGAAAUCCGAGAACAACCAAAUAACAAUUGUUUGUGCCAACAAAUCGUUACGGGAAGACAUUUACCAUCUGAAGCAGCAACUAAGUCAGGAAACUUUAAUACGACUGUCACUUGUCCAUCAGAUGUCUGUGUUUGUUAAUGAAAUGUUAACAGUGAAAAAAGAUAUGACUAGCGUUCUGGAAAAGAUGGAAGAAAUAGAAAAGAGUAAUGCUGAUAUUAAGCUUGAAAAUCAAAGAAUGCACAUGGAAUUGGACCAACAUAUAAAAAUGAACAAUAGUGAAGGUGAAACAUUACAAGAAAACAAACAGCUACAUAACGAUCUUCGUUCAACUGUAGAAGAAAUCUUUCGUAAUUAUACUGUUGAAUUCACGACGGAGGAAAUUGUCCAGGUGAAAAAAGAUAUGUCCGAGGCACUGGGUAAAAUACAAGAACUGGAAAACAAUGUUACUGAUCUUAGACGUGAGAAACAGCGAUUGCAAGAAGAAUUAGACCAGCUCAUAAUGGGAAAGGAGAGGGAUGGUAAUACAAAGCUACAAAUGAUUAAGGAAUUACAGAAAGACGUCAGAAGUGUGACAUCAACUGUAGAGAGUUUCAGCGUUGAUGUUCGACUACAUCCUGCAUUUCAUGCCCGCCUUUCACACUCCGUGAAAAAUAUUGGCUUUAGACAGACUAUUAUCUUUGACUUUGAAGUUGUGGACACAACAAAUUCCUACGACCCUCAAUCUGGAAUUUUCACUGCGCCAUUAACUGGAACAUAUGCCUUCUACUGGAAUAUUCUGUCUAAUGAGGCAUCAGGUAUGGAUACAACAUUAGAUUCAUCUCAAGGAGCUUUAGGAUUUGGAUUCGUCAGCCAUGCAGUAAAUUAUGGAAAUGGGGGUAACUUGGUAAUAGCAAAUCUGACCUCUGGAACGCAUGUCUGGGUGAAGAAGGCUGACAGAUAUGGAAAUUACAUGCAUGAGAGAUUUUCGACAUUUUCUGGUUAUCUUCUGCAUGCAUCAGGUUAAUAUGAACAAGAUGUAAAGGAUAAUCAGUACUAUAAAUUCAAUGAAAAAGUAACAUAUUU